AUGUUCACAAGUGUCCUCUCAGGCAAAAAGAAAAUACUUUAGAAUGGCUAGGUGAUUUAUUUUGAUUCAAAGUUCAAGUCAGCCUUCUAGUUCCCAUUCACCAUUGGAAAGAACUCUUUGAAUAUUGUCUAGCACGGUGAUAAAUUUGAACUGAGAAUUAAUAAUCAGUCAUUUACUCAUCUCUGGGAUAAUGAGAGAACAAAGAGAAAUUUCAACUAUGAAAAUAGAGAGGAGUUAGACCCAUACAAGCAAAAGGAUUAUGCCAAAAAUUACGAUUAAUCGACAAGACCGGCUUCACAUUAACCCAGUCUAGAAGUCAAUAACAGACAUAGACAUAAAUCUCAGCAUCAUGGAGGAAGUAGCAAUGCUGGAAACAUUAAUGUGAACUUAGAUGAGGUAACAGGACUUGAUGAAUCUGAGAUUCAAGCAUAAAUUAAAGCCUAUGAGGAGCUAUAAAGAAAGCAUAAAAGAGAGUAAGAUGUCAGGAGAGGCACUCAGGUCAGCAACAGUUCGAAACCUCAACAAGAUAAACAAUAUAACGCUUAUGAUUUCGCAACAGGAUUUGAUCAUGGUUUCGACAAGUUCUCUACAAAUGCCUAAGGAAGCAGCAGUGGUGCCGGCAAAGGAUCUUCUCAAGCCUCAUCUUAGAAUUAGAAGAAGCCAUAACCAUAAAAUGAUGAAUUCGAUUUCAAUUUCAGCAAUUCUCAACCUUAAUAAUAAUAAUCCAAGCCAAACACCUUCUAAAAUACCUAGUAGAAAUCUAUGCCACCCUAAACAUAAAAUAAUGCUAAUAGUAACAUGGCAAGUAAUGACUUAUUUGAUCUUUUGGGAAGUGGCCCAAGCUCACAAGGCGGAUUUUCUGCUCCUAAACAAUAAGAAACUAGUAAAAAUGCUCUAGAUUUCUUCAAUGAUCUUGAUUUUGGCCCACCAUAAACUAAUGUAAGCAGCAACAACUUGCAAACUCAACAACAAUAACCAUCUACAAAUCUUGUAGGAGGAUUAGAUGAUUUGAUGGGAUUCGGAGCACCUAUUACAUCAAUGAACACUACCCAGCCUUAAAAUCUAGGAGGUCUUGGUGGCAUAUAGCAGCAAUAACAAUAAAUGCCACUCUAAUAAUAACUUUAAAACAUUCCAUAAUAACAGCCAGAAGCUCAACCUGAAAAUAAGCCAAAGUUUGUACCAAAUCUAGCUGGAUUUUACACCUAAAAUCAGCCAAUGAUGCAAAGUCAAUAAGAGUUACUGAUGCAAUAAUAGAUGCAAUAGCAAAUGAUGAUGCAAUAAAUGAUGAUGAAUCAAGGAUUCGGAACAAAUAUGAAUGCUGGAGCAGGCAUGGGCGGCUAACCUGGAGGAAUGGGAAUGGGAAUGAAUACCAACAUGAAUAUGGGUGGAGCAGGAUAUGGUACAAACAUGAACGCAGGAAUGGGCGGCGGAAUGGGUGGUGGAAACCCAUGGGACAAUGGAUUUGGUGGUCAGUAAUAACAACAAUAAUAAAACUAAAACUAAUUCAUGACAGGAAUGUAAAAUUAAGGCUAUCAAUAAUAGUAAUUUGGUGGACAGCCAUCUUAUUAAUAAAACACCUAUUAAACUUCAGUUCCUCAGCAGAACUAUGGAGGCUCAAACAUGGGAGGUGGAGCAGCAUCCACACCCUUUGACUUGUUCAACUGA